AACGUGUGAGUAUUGCCGGAAGGUAUUCGCCAAUGGAUCGAAUCUGUUGCGACACAUUCGGAUUCAUACUAACGAACGUCCCUAUCCUUGCGAGUUUUGCGGUCGAACCUUUACCCAAAAUGGGGAUAGGAUGAGGCAUUUGAGGUGCCAUUCUGGAGAGAAACCGUAUUCUUGCCAGAUUUGUCAAAAGGAAUUUUCCAAAACGGGAAACUUAAAGAGACAUUUAAGGAUUCACACCAAUGAACGUCCGUAUUCUUGCGAGGUGUGUCAAAAAUCUUUUAUUCAACGUAGCGAUAUGUUGAAACAUUCAACGCGGCACUAUAAAGUAAAAUUGUUUUCCUGUGAACUUUGUGGGAAAGAGUUUCCCAAAGUGGGAGAUUUAAAGAAACAUUUAGGAACUCAUUCUGAUGAAGGAUUGUAUAUUUGCGAAGUCUGUCAGCAAUCCUUUCUUCAACCUAGUGACUUGUUUCAGCAUUCAAUGUGCCACGCCAGAGAAAGACCGCAUGCCUGCGAAAUUUGUCAAAAAGAAUUCACUAAAGUGGGAAACUUGAACAGGCAUUUAAAAACUCAUGCCAAUGAAAAAUCAUGCCAAAUAUGUCAAAAAGAUUUCGCUCAGCAUAUUGAUUUGUAUGAUCACAUGAUUAGCCAUAUGGUGGAAAAAUUCCCUCCAGGGAAGAAUUCUCAAAAUUCGGGUGAAAAUUCACAACAUUCAGGUAAAGACUCUCAAGGUUCGAGUGAAGAGUCUCAAAAUUCAGGAGAAGAAUACCGAGAUUCUGAAGAGCAUUUAGCAGCCCUUACCAUUGAAAAGCCACAUACUUGCAAAUAUUGUCCGAAGCAGUUCAAGAAGCUUUCGGUUUUAAAAGUGCAUUUGCGCAUUCACACCGGCGAUAGACCUUUUACUUGUGAAGUAUGUCAAAAAUCUUUUACUCAGCGUCAUGUUUUGCUAAGACAUAAGAUGAUUCACAAAGUCGAGAAUUGAUGUUCUGUUGAAGGAUUCUCAAAACUCGGUUAUAUAUUCCCAGGUUCCUGAAAACCAUUUAACUGACAAUGAUGGUGAAAAAUUCAAUAUUUCCGAAUUGUGUAAUAAGUAAGGUAAACACACCAGUAGUGGCCACUUCAAGGUUAUUGAUUUACUUUGAAGAAAAAAAAUGAACAAUAAUAAUGUAAAAUACACCGCCAGCUCAGUCAUUUCCAGCUGAGGACUGCAGUUUCCAGCUCAGUCAUUUCCAGCCGAGGACUGCAGCUUCAUGCUUAUUAGCACUCAUCAGCCCGGCAUAGGAAAAUAACUGAGCUGGAGAUGGAAAAUCUCUUGUUGUUUUUAAUCUCCCUUUGGUCUGACGGAGUCAGACCAAAUCGAUGAAGCCGUUGACCCUUAUGAAAUCUGACACAGGCAGUGGACUGUCGAAUAUGUCGUUCAAGUCCAAUCCCAGGCAGCUCAAGAUAUGCUGUGGUGAUGCCUGGUCUUGUUGGCAUUUAGGGCAAAUGGGGAACCUCUUGGCGCUUCCAGAGAAAGUGAGACUUUUCAGAUGUCCACUGGCGAGGCGAGACAGAAGGGUGUUAGUCUGCCUGUCACAGGGAAGGGCAAGAGAUUGUCCUGGCCUUUUGCCUUUGUACCAAUUGUGAGAUGGAGGUAUUAACCAUUUUUCUUUAUUAUUGGCUUUUUGCUUGGAGAACAGUUCUAGAUAGAUGAGCUCCAAGGUGAAAGGUGUUGGAUGGGCAAGACUCUCUUUGGCAAGAGCAUCGGCCAGCUCGUUACCGUAGAUAUCGACAUGGGAAGGGAUCCAUUGAAAGUGGACCUUAUGCUGAAGGGCUAUGAGCUUUUACUUUACGUAGGAUUGAGAGGUUAGUUUUGUCUUCUAUGAGGGACCAGUUUCUGAGGUGUUGAAUUGAACUUUUACUGUCAGAAAGUAUCCAAAGAUCACCGAAGUUGUUUUCGCACAUAAUUUUCUCCAGUCCUAUGUGAAAGGCAAUUAAUUCGCUUUGAAAACUGAACAAAAAUCUGGAUUUCGUUGCUUUAGGAAGAACUUCUCUUGAGGAGUUUUAAUGCAAGAAGCCAGGAGUGCGAAACAAACUGGUAUCUAAUAUAGAAUUAGCAGACCAGACGAGUGACCGAAACAAUGGUUCGGUUCAACUCGAAGAUUGAACGCGAGGCAAGGUAUAUUCAGUAAGUUACCGCCCAUUAGCCAGGGCUAAAGCAAAAAUACGUGAAAUACACCGCCAGCUCAGUCAUUUCCAGCCGAGGACUGCAAUUUCGUGCUUAUUAGCACUAAUAAUGUGUGUUUUUUUUGUUGGUACUUAAUAUAAAUUACUUAAUGGUACUUAAUUGAAUCAAUUUUAUUUGAAUUUAAUGUAAGUAAUGUAAAUUCUUAGGAUGGAAGAAUGUCAGAUGGCCACUACUAAAAUUUUCAGAUUUUGGAGUAGCCACUACUGGAUCAAAUUUGAGGUUUGAGAAAAAGUGAAUAAAAUUUAAACAAAUUGAAAUUCUGGCCUUUUUAGAAAUUGGGGCAAGGCAGGUAGCAAUAGCCUUAGGUUGCCCCUUCUUUAUGGUAUUUUAAAAAAUGUCCUCAAUCGUUCACAUGUGCUCCUAUAGGGGGCACUUUUGAACAAGAUUUUAAUAACAGGACAGUUAUCAUAUUUUAGGGAGCUUGAAUGUGAAACAUAUAUGUAUAUACCAAUUACAUUGAAUCAUUUGUAAACUCUAGUGGGUUGUUUUAAAUUUUUUAGUAAUUGUCUUAGAAAAUAUUUUUCUAGGACAUAUAACCUUGCUCAUUGUGUAUUUUAAAUUUUUGUUGCAUCUUCUCAUACUGAAUAGACAAAAAAGACUCAUAAGACUGCAUUGUUUUCAGUUGCAUGUACAGACAAAUUAUAUUUUUAUCUUAAUUUUCAUUGUUUGAUUAACAAUUGUUUUGUAAGCAGGCAAUAAAAAUUAACCAAAGAGCAAUCAUGUCACAAUUAGUGAGGUGCUUGUCCUGUGUGGUAAACAAAAUGCAAUAUAUGUCCUACUUAGUAUAUUUUACUUACAUGCUGUUAUGUUAUUUUAUUGAUGAAAAUAAUCAUUCAAUUGGAAUUGUGAACUAAUGAUAAUAAAAUAUAUGUACAUAUUUUGUCAUCAAAUUGUUUUGUUCAUGGUA